CACUGUGCCACGAUAAAUAACAAUGAAUGAGACAAACGUCCUCAACGAUUGUCAACGAUCUAAACUUUUUUCGCUUGCUACCAAUACAGCAUAACCGUAACUCGCACAACUGAUUGAGUGUCACAAUCCGUCUUUAGUUUUUUAUUUCCUUUGUGCCCACUCAUCUUUAACAAAACUUCGUUGAAGAAAUCCUCGACAAGUUUUAAGCUAUUUUCACCGAAGUGUGCAUGGAAAAUGCGUUUAUCUUCGAGGUAUUGCGCGGCUUUUGUUCUAGUUUUCCUAUGGACUACAAUAUACGCUAAAGACUUUGAGAACGAGUAUGAAAUUAUCGAUGGAAUUAGAAUCAAAAAAGAAUCGAUUGUAACGAUAAAAGAGCAAGACGACAAGAAACGUGAAAAGAACGGACGAUCAGACUUGGAUGAAGGCGAAGAAGUUUCGGAGGAAGACGAAGACGAUGAUUAUGACGAUGACGAGGAUGAUAGCGAUGAUGGGGGAGAAGGAGACUUAGAAACAGCCAAGCAUCUUCCAACAAAAUGUCAUGUUUGUAGACUAUUGGCGGUUGAAGUUGAGAAUAAGCUUACAAAGAUUGCAAGGAUUAGAAAACCCCGGGAGACCAGGCCUCCGAUUUACUACAAAGAGGAACUAGUUAUGUUGAGGGUUACGGAGAACAUAUGUGACGCAAUGACGAAGUACAGCGUCAGAGCAAAGGUUCCUUUUAGAUAUAAACGGGGAGUAAAAAGUAUAUUCCGCAAGCAAAUUGAAGAGAUCACAAAAGAUUCUCGAAUUCAAAAGUGGGUGUUUGCUACGCCAGAAGAGGACAUUGAUGAUCCAACAGGCGAAAUAAGACGGCUCAAGGAACAGUGCCACGAAAUGUUAAAGGAGACGCAAAAACUGUUCAUCCAUUGGUUUAUGAAGGCGCAAUCUCGUGACUUGACCAAAUGGCUCUGUGCCAAGAGAGUUUUAGUUGAUGACGACAAAGGAUGCCUACAAGUUGAUAUGCCCAGGAGUAACCGAGUUGCAGCAUUGAGACAAAAGAAAGAAAAGAUCGCAGAAAACAAGACAACUAGUGCUUCGCAUGAAGAACUUUGAUAAAUCAUAACUAUGAUUAAACAUAGUCUAACAUUUUGUUUGAUCUUUAUAUAUUUUAAUUCAGGAAAAAAGAUAUAAAACACGUUCAUAAAGUUAGAAAAGUUUUUCGCUUUAACAACGUCUUAAAAUAUACAAAAAGCCACCUAAAACUCGUCAGCGUCUGCUAAAUUUGUUAAUAAAUAAAACAAUCGUCUCUGCUCCAGAAGGUCAUUCAAACUUCCUUGUUCAAGUAUGCGCCCGUGGUAAAUAAGAAUAAUGUAGUCUGCAGUUUCAA